AUGAACAGUCUCGGCAGCCCUUAUGGCUCGGCUAGCCCAGUUACGGCGAAAGACGGCGACGCUGCCAAAGGUAGAUAUGGGCCCGAGUUUCCCCUUACCACAAUUCGCGACGAUGUUCGUCUACACAAACUCCUUCUCGAUGAGCUUGGGGUGAACCAAAUCGCCGCCGUGAUUGGUGGAUCUCUUGGAGGCAUGUUUGUCCUGGAGUGGGCGUACCUCGGCAAAGACUACAUUCGUUGCAUCGUUCCCAUUGCGACCUCCAGUAGGCACAGCGCAUGGGGAAUCAGCUGGGGUGAAGCGCAGAGACAAAGCAUCUAUGCGGACCCAAAGUAUGAUGACGGGUACUACGAAUUCGAGGAUCCCCCAUCAACCGGUCUCGGCGCCGCGCGCAUGUCUGCGCUGCUGACGUACCGCAGCCGCAACUCAUUUGAGGCUCGCUUCGGACGCAACAUUCCUGAUGCUUCCAAGGUUCAGACAAUUCGGGAACGCCCACGUCCGGCAACCCCUUCCGAGGCUCAUUUCCACAUUCAUAACGACGGCCACGUUGUAAAGCGCAAAUCACUAUCGCGCAACAACAGUGAGAGCAGCUCGCGGCAGUCACCGAACGGCAGCAAUGGCAAGCAGGUCGUUGUCGACUCACCGGACCCUCAGUUCACAGGGCCGAAGAAAGUGGAGAGUCUGACCGGUGGCGAAGAUCUGCCAACGUCGACGUACUUUUCCGCCCAGUCGUAUCUACGAUACCAAGGAAACAAAUUCGUGAAACGAUUCGACAGCAACUGCUACAUUGCCAUGACUCGCAAGCUUGACACCCAUGAUGUUUCGCGCAAUCGCGCAGACAGCAUUGCGGAGGCACUCGCAUUGAUAGAGCAGCCGACUCUGGUGCUUGGAAUCGAGAGCGACGGGUUGUUCACAUUUGCCGAGCAGCAGGAGAUCGCCGAGCACGUCAAGGACGCGAGGCUGGAGCGCAUCGAGAGCCCCGAGGGCCACGACGCAUUUUUGCUGCAGUUUGAACAGGUGAACCGCUACAUUUUGGCGUUUUUGAAGGAAGUCCUUCCAGACAUCAUGAACAAGGAGGGUGCGACGGCUGAAGAGGUGGGGGUUGGCAAGAUUACCAAGUCGAGCACGUUUGGCGAAGCAGAGGUGGAGGACAUCACCGCAUGGUAG